AUGGACGUGAGCUUCGCGUGCGCAGGGGAGGAGCCCUUCGAGAUGGAGGUGGGCUUCUUCGACACCGUGCAGGACAUCAAGGAGAAGCUGCAGAGCCGCCGAGGCUGGCCCGCCGCCACCAUGUCGCUCCUCCACAACGGCGACGUGCUCGUGGACGACGGCGGCGGCGGCGGCGGCGGCAUCGAGCGGCACGGCAUCGUGGAGGGCUCCGUCAUCCACGUCGCCCUCGUCCCCGACGGGCCGCGGCAGCAGCGGCAGGUGAAGCGCAACAGACCCGCGAGCAAGAGGAGGGGCGUGGGCGAGGAGGGCGCGCCGCCGCCGCUGCGGGUCACCGUGGUGUCGCGGUGCGGCGCGGGUCGCGUGGAGGUGGCCGUGGCCGCGCGCGCCGCGGUGUCGGCGCUGCGGGCGGAGCUGGAGCGCGCGCGCGGGGCCGGGUUCCCGUUGCCGGGGGGCGGCGCCUACUUCUUUAUCCACCGGCAGAGCGUGAUGGACGAGGCGCGGUCAUUCCAGUGGCACGGCGUGGCCGCCGGCGACGAGGUCGUCGUGUUCGACGGCUCCGUGACGAGGGCCCCCGCGUACUGA